AUGGUAAUGAUCGAGACAUUCCUUGGCAUGGCCAAGUACUUGUCUCCAAGACAGGACGACGACUGGUCGGAUCGUCUCAAUUACCUUCUCACUCCGAACAUUCUGCUCGCGUUCUCCGUUCUCAUCUCAUUCAAACAAUUUGGUGGAAGACCUAUUGAGUGCAUGUUUCCCAACAAAUUUCCUGGCAGUUGGGAGCAGUAUGCUGAGAAUUAUUGCUGGUCACAAGACACUUAUUUCGUCGAGCCGACACAACAUGUUGAGCUUCUCAAGGCAGAAGAAAGGUACACGCCGGAAAGACAAUUGUCCUAUUAUCAAUGGGUGCCUUUUUUUCUUCUCGUCCAAGCUGCAUUUUUUCGAGCUCCCAGCUAUUUGUGGCAAUAUUUUUCGAAUCAUUCUGGUAUUCGCAUUCAUGAAGUAGUUGAAAAAGCCAAAGAUUCGAGUAAUCUUGAAGAGGAUGUUCGCGAAAAAAACAUUUUGGUUCUUAAGAGGCAUCUGUGCAACGCCCUCCGAUUCCAGCGUCGAAUGCAGAGAAAAAAGGUCGUCGUACAUCGUACGGUAACUUGUCUCAAUUAUCAAUACUCGUCAAGUUUUAUUUCUUCAAUCUAUCUUCUAACAAAAACUUUAUACGUUGUCAACGUGUUCGCUCAACUUUGGCUCAUGAAUAAUUUUCUGGGAACCUCUAAAUACCAAUGGUACGGUUUAGGCGUUGUUCGCGAUAUUAUUUCAGGAGUUGCUUGGGAGAGAAGUGGCUAUUUUCCACGGUCUGCCGUUUGCGAUUUUGAGGUCCGUCAAGUAGGAAACAUUCAGAAGUAUUCUGUUCAAUGCGUUCUUGUCAUUAAUAUUUUUAAUGAGAAAAUUUUCGUUCUUCUCUGGUUUUGGUAUUUGCUGCUGCUGUUCAGUUCAGUUGUUUCGUUUAUCCAAUGGCUCGUACUUUUGUGCUUCCCAUGCUUCUCACGCUGGUUUGUUUCUCAACAUCUGGAGCUCAGCUCUUUGCACAACUUUGCGCCAUCAACACGCAAAUCCGCCAAAGACGUCGAGCAUUUUGUCAAUAAUUACCUGCAUCGCGAUGGAAUUUUCGUGCUUCGAAUGGUUUCCGCACAUGCGGGAAUCAUUUUCGGAACAGAUCUCGUUUUGGCGCUAUGGAAAACAUUCUACGGUAUCGAGGAGAAGGGUGACGAAUCAGAAUUAGAAAGUCCGAUGACCGGAGAAAGCACAACAAUAUCAUCGGUGCGAAAUCGUAAAAAGAAGUCGAUGAUCGACUACAUUGAGAAUGGAGAAUUCAGCACAGAAUUAGUUGCCGAAAAGGAUGGAUACGAAUCAUCGUCAUCAUCAUCGGAAGACACGAAACGCGCAAGCAAUGUGGCAUCAAUCUAA